GGGGCAUUAUCCCAGGUAGGGUGGAGGUAUCCAAAAAUAAAAAGCAGAAGAAGCUCCUCGAGGACAAAGGUGUGCAGCAAAAGACGAGCAGAGGGACGGAAAUCUCCCAGUCAUGGCAGACACAAACGGGACCAUCAGACUGGGAAUUAUGAGGUUUUCUAUCUUGUGGCUGUUAACUGUCUUCGCCCUGCUGGUUUACUGCUUAGCAGCUGUCGUUGACAAGAGUGAAUGCGAGGCAGAAGGCAUUAAGUGCCACGCUCAGGCCGACUGCCUGAAGAUUAGCAACAGCUUCACCUGUGCCUGCCGCGUGGGCUACCAGGGUGAAGGUCUGCAGUGCAGCGACAUCAAUGAGUGUCUGAGUGGCAUUCAAAGUUGUCACUCGAAGGCCCGCUGCACAAACUCUCCAGGCAGCUACUCAUGCGUCUGUCUCGAUGGAUAUGUUGGUGAUGGUAAAACCUGCCAGGACAUCAAUGAGUGUCAAACGAACAAUGGGGGCUGCCACCCUUCUGCAGUCUGCACCAAUUUGGAUGGUGGGAGAACGUGUCAGUGUAGUUCAGGUUUCACAGGUGAUGGCGUCCAGUGCACAGACGUCAAUGAAUGCACAAGGGAACGAAUCUGCCAUUGGAAUGCCACCUGCACCAAUAACCCCGGUUCUUUUGCGUGCACUUGUAACGCGGGCUAUAAAGGAAAUGGAAUCUACUUGUGCAUGGACAUAGAUGAGUGUUCAGAGAAUCGUGUGUGUUCUACUUUAUUAGGUUUCAAAGGCUGCGUAAACACACCUGGGUCCUAUCGUUGUACGUGCCAAAGUGGUUUUCAAGCCACUGGACAGAACUGUAUUGACAUUGAUGAGUGUGCAAACAACAUCUGCAGCCCCAAUGCAGAUUGCAAAAACUCUGUUGGAUCAUACCAGUGUACCUGCAAAAGUGGGUUUGUGGGAAAUGGGUUGACAUGUGCUGAUAUAAAUGAAUGCAUUGCAGGCAAUGAAUGUGACUCGAAGGCUGUUUGCAUCAACAGGUUGGGCAGUUAUCAGUGUUUGUGUGUGGAAGGUUUUGUUGGAGAUGGACGACGCUGUGAAGAUAUUGAUGAGUGUGCAAAGCCAAACAUUUGCCCGUCUUUCAGUACCUGUGUGAACAAUCCUGGGUCCUACAAAUGUGACUGUGGGAGUGGAUUAAUAUUCAAUGGCUCCAAGUGCAAUGACAUUGAUGAAUGCAAAGCAGGACAAUGCAGCCCUUCUGCAAACUGCACUAAUUCACAUGGUUCCUUCUCUUGUCAGUGCCUGUCAGGCUACAGAGGAGAUGGUUUUACCUGUGACGAUAUAGACGAAUGCUCUUUGAAUUCAAAAUGCCAUUUGAAGGCCGUUUGCAAAAACGUACCUGGUUCUUUCAACUGUACAUGUAUGACAGGCUACUCUGGUGAUGGGCUUCAGUGCAAUGACAUCAAUGAGUGCCUGGUGAAUAAUGGAGGCUGUAAAAACAAAGCAACAUGUGUCAAUAACCAGGGGUCUUUUGCUUGCCAGUGCCAGUCAGGUUUCAUCUUGAUUAAUAAGACAAUUUGCCAAGACAUCAAUGAGUGUGUGGAAAAGAGCAAUCCGUGUGGAGUGAAUGAAGAGUGCAAAAACACUGAUGGGUCUUAUGAGUGCCCUUGCCAGGCUGGCUUCAACCGCCCUGCUAGCAACAUGGCCUGCGUCGAUAGGGACGAGUGUCAAGACAAACCGUGCCAUAUCAAUGCCACAUGUCUCAACACCAUUGGCUCGUACUCCUGCACCUGUAAGAGAGGCUUUACAGGGAAUGGCUCUCAUUGUUUGGACAAAGAUGAGUGUGCUCAGGCGCAAAUAUGCCACACAAGAGCCACAUGCACUAACACUGUAGGGGGCUUUUUCUGCUCUUGUCAGCAAGGUUUCACAGGUGAUGGAUUUUCCUGCGAGGAUGUGAAUGAGUGUUCUCGCUCCAAUACCACCUGCCCUCCUUUCUCACAAUGUGUCAAUUCUCCUGGUUCAUAUGUUUGCUCAUGUUUGAAUGGUACGGUGGCCUCUAAUGACACCUGUGUGCCACCAGUUUUUCUGUGUGAUCCUCCCUGCCACAGCAAAGGUUUAUGCCACCUUUCACCUUCCGGAUAUCAGUGUGUUUGUGACAUGGGCUUUGAUGGCAAUGGAGUGACCUGCACAGACAUCGAUGAAUGCCAGAUGGACAAUAUUUGCCCUGACAAUGAAACUGAAUGUUUGAAUACUCCUGGAUCAUUUUCUUGUGUCUGCAAACAAGGCUUCACUCUCAAUGGGACUCAAUGUGUUGAUGUGAAUGAAUGUGAUACGGGGCAGGAAGAGUGCAGUGAGUUUGCCCAGUGCAACAACACAGUGGGAGGCUAUUCCUGCUUUUGUCGAAGUGGUUACACAGGAGACGGGAAGAACUGCUCUGACAUUGAUGAAUGCCAAGACCAAAAUGGAGGAUGCCACCCAUUUGCCAACUGCACUAACAUGCCCGGAUCUUUCUCCUGUGUCUGCCCGAUGGGCAUGGAGGGGGAUGGCUUUUACUGCAAGGAUGUGGACGAAUGUGAGCAGAACUCUACCCUGCCAAACAACUGCAGCUCGCAGGCUGUGUGUCUCAACACCAAUGGUUCCUACCUCUGCCGGUGCAAUCAUGGAUACCAAGGGGAUGGUUUUAUUUGUAAUGAUGUUGAUGAAUGUGAGUUGGCUACAGCUUGCAGCAAGAAUAUGACAUGCACCAACUUUCCUGGCUCCUACAGCUGCUCUUGUAUAUUGGGAAACAUAUACAAUGAGGGCAUAUGCGUUAGUGAAGAUACCUGCCUAAAUACUACUAAUUACUGCCACCCGCUUGCCAAGUGUAACACACACCAGGGUUCUUACUACUGUCAAUGCACAGAUGGAUAUGAAGGAAGUGGGACUGACUGCUGGGACGUAAAUGAAUGUGAUCAGUUACAAGAUAAAGCCUGCCCUCCCUUCUCACACUGCCGAAACACGAAUGGUUCUUUCAUCUGCGAGUGUUGGAAAGGUUUUCGAGACAACGGUACACACUGUCAGGACAUAGAUGAAUGUGAGAUGGGAAACUUCACCUGCCCUGACAACAGCACUUGUAAUAAUACAGAAGGGAGUUACAACUGCACCUGUGACCCAGGAUUCUCAGGCAAUAAUUCCUUGUGUUUGGACAUUGAUGAGUGCUCCCUUGGCCUGAUCCACUGUCCUGUUUUUUCCAACUGCCUAAACACGAUUGGAUCCUCCAUCUGUGGGUGUUGGGAAGGUUUUCUAGACAACGGUACACACUGUCAGGACAUAGAUGAAUGUGAGCUGGGAAACUUCACCUGCCCUGACAACAGUACCUGUAAUAACAAAGAAGGGAGUUACAACUGCACCUGCGACCCAGGAUUCUCAGGCAAUGACUCCUUAUGUUUGGACAUUGAUGAGUGCUCCCUCGGCCUGAUCCAGUGUCCUAAUUUUUCCAACUGCCUAAACACGAUUGGAUCCUCCAUCUGUGUGUGCUGGGAAGGCUACCAAAGCAAUGGCACAGAGUGUGAGGACAUUGACGAAUGCCUGGACAAUUCCACCUGUCCUGAUCAUAGCACUUGUGUGAACACCAAAGGAGACCACCAGUGUCUUUGUGAUACAGGGUUUUCCAAUAGUACUGACUUAUGUGUGGACAUUGAUGAAUGCAGUGAAAACAACGGGCGAGAGCUUUGCACAAAUGGGACAUGCAAGAAUGCUCUUGGUUCUUAUUACUGUGAUUGUUUUACAGGAUUCUUGAGUAAUGGUACAGAGUGUGUGGAUGUGGAUGAAUGCUCAGAGCUUCUCAACUCCUCAGUAUGUCAGCCUUUCUCCACAUGUGUUAACACUCUAGGUUCAUACCUCUGUCCCUGUAAUGUAGGUUUCAUUCUGAAUGGUAUCAACUGUCUGGAUGUGGACGAAUGUCUUCACCCAGAUCGUAGCCCAUGUCCACAAAACUCUAUAUGUAACAAUACAGAAGGGUCUUUCCUCUGUCACUGCUCCCCUGGGUACCAACCCAUUGACACUGGCUGUGAGGAUAUUGAUGAAUGUAAGAGCAGCAACACCUGCCGCUCUGAUCAGGUGUGCACAAACCUACCGGGAGCAUACGACUGCUCUUGCCCUCUUGGUUACCAUGAGGAGAAUGAGGCUUGUGUCGACAGCAAUGAAUGUGAGAAUUCCCCAUGUCAUCCCUUGGCAUCCUGUUGGAAUACACCUGGCUCCUUCUCCUGUCACUGUCACAGAGGCUUCACUGGGAAUGGCUCCUGGUGCAAAGAUGUGGAUGAGUGUGUUGCCUUUACCAACCCUUGUCACUCCCUCGCUCAAUGUCAUAACACCCCAGGAUCAUUUGUUUGUGUCUGCAUGCCAGGCUUCCUCAGCAUUGGGCCCCUAUGUGUGGACAUUAAUGAAUGCCAGCAAGAAAAUGGGCAGUGUCACUCAGCUGCUUCCUGCAUCAAUUAUGUAGGAGGAUUCAAAUGCUCAUGCAACCAAGGCUGGGAAGCUACCACGGAUAACGGUCUUGGAAAAGAAGGCUGUGUAGACUUGAAUGAGUGUGUGUCCCCCAACCGGUGUCCUCAUCAGACAUCCUGUACCAACCUACCAGGGAGCUACGCCUGUUCCUGCCCAGCAAACAACACAGUUUGCAAUACCUUAGCCAUAAUGGAGAGCUCUCUGUACCCAUACGGAGCAGAGGCUGGAGAUAGAGAGGUGAAAAUAGAAGCAGAAGAUGGAAAUUCUCCGUUCAUCACGCCAAAAGCAGGGUUUCCUUUCAUGGGGAAACUGUACGACAGAGUAUUUUUUUCUGAUAACGGCCUGGUCCAGUUUCAGUCGCUGGCUGAGAACGAACAAUACUUGCUCCCGUCUCCCUCUACUGAUGGUUUCCCUGACGACAUGAAAGUGCCAUUAUUGGCUGUCUUUUGGGAUGAUGGUGACCUCACCAAAGGCAACGGGAAGCUGCACUAUCAGGAAUAUUCAGAACUGGAUGCAUCAGAUGUUUACUCCCAGAUGGUUUUCAAACGCACAGCAGAUGAAGUGACAAAGUUUGAGGGUUUGAAACAGAGGCCUUCGUUUUCCCCCACCUGGAUCAUGAAGAUCACUUGGGAAAACGUGAUGCCCGUCUCCUUUCAGAAGGUCAACCUGUCAGAGACCAACACCUUCCAGUGUAUCUUGACAACAGAUGGAGUGCGUUCCUUCGCCCUUCUGCGAUUUGGGCAGAUGAAAUGGGGACCUGGGCUGAGAAAGCAUCACGAUGCUCUGAUCGGCUACACAGACGGAAAAACCACGUUCAAGGAGACCAUCAAACCUCUAGGGAACCUCUUUGGGCGCGCAGGCAGAUAUAGACCUAAUGAAGUUAUAGGAACACUGGGGAAUCUCGGCCAGCUGAUAUAUGAUUUAACUGGACCAUUAGGGUCGAAUGCAGAUGCUGGAAUCAAAUGCCAGGCCUGGUCGAAGGAAGAGCCGGACCCGGCCGUGUGGAUGUUGGGGCUGCCCUCCUGUCCCUGCACCCAGAUGCAGGCACAGGAGGACCAGGCGCUCCUACUGGACCUCUCCGACCCGGGUGAGACAGUCCAGAAGUGGUGGGCGGGCACCUCUGGGCAGGUCUUUAAGUCGCUCCUGUCCAACCAGCAUGGCGCCGGGAAGAGGUGUGUGUACGAGCAGGAAGGUGCCCUGCUGGCUGGGUUCAACGAGCGCUACUUCUACGGACACAGCACUCAGAAACAUAUCGACGGGGAUCUCCUCCCAUUUCAGUGGUGUUGCAUCGACUCUCCCCAGUGCCAUCUCUACCUCAGAAAGAGACCUUUGGAUCGCUGUCAAGGUUAUGUCUCCAGCAUUCGCAGCAACUCCAGUGGGGCAGCGCAGGGCACCGCGUUGGUGUACGGCAGUCUGCAUUUCAUCACCUUCGAUGGGACAGAGUACUCGUUUAGGGCCCUGGGGGAGUUUGUGAUAUUACGUCUCUCAUCCGCAAGCGGCUCUAAUAUCUUCACCCUACAAGGACAGAUUGAAAAGCUGCAGACAGUCGCAAGAGAGAUCAUUGAUGUCCCAGUGGUGGUGCGCAUGGCUGCCUUCCACCAAGGCAUCGGCAAGAUUGAGUGGAGAUGCUCUGACAAAGAGAGCGGACUGCAGAUUUUUGUGGAUGAUGCUGAAUUCUCUGUCAGAAUCGGUGUUGUGUACGAGAACAAGCAGAGCUUUGCGGUGCACUGUCGCUCGGUGAAUCGCUGUGCAGCGGUCUAUGCCAGCGGUCUCAGAGUGGUCGUCUGGCGAAGCGAAGGCUACCGUCAGCUGGCGGCCAUGGUGGAAGUCCCGGAGAACUUCUACAGACGCACCGUGGGUCUGAUGGGGCUCUGGAGCACCAACCACUCCGAUGACUUCCUCAUGUCCAACGGGAAGGUCGUCCCCUCCCAGGAUCUCAACCCCCCCCAGGAGGAGCAGCUGAAGCUGUUUUACAUGUCCUGGGCGGUCCCGAAACCUGAGAACCUGCUGGUCUCUUCGUCUCAAAACGUCCCCCUGGCUUUGAACUCCACCGCGCCGCUGCUGGAACGCCUCAGUCCUGCUGAGCUGGAAACGCAGAUGAGAAAUUGCAAAAACAGCGUUGAGUGCGUUCAGGACAGCGUGGCGUCCGGCAUCGCCUACCUGGGCCAGAAGACUCUGGAGGCCCAGACUCAGUUCAGGAGCCUGGCUCUCCUCUUCGGCAACAUGCCGCCUGUAGUGACAGAGCCCGCUGUGAUACACACAAAGGUCAACUCUCAGGUCAACGUUCAAAUUGUCGCUCAGGACCCAAACGGUGACCCCAUCACCUACACAUUGCUAUUCGCCAGCUCAGAGGCUCAUGUUGGCAGGGUGAACGGCUACCUGACAUGGACACCGCGCAGCACUAAGCCUUACCAGCUGGCUGUCAAGGUCAGUGACGGGCAGACGAGCUCCUUGUUCACCCCUGUCCUGCGCGUCUGCAACUGUCUUAACGGAGGAACCUGCCUGUAUGACAGCGUGGCUGAGAAUCACCUGCAGGGAAAGUUUCAGGUAGUUGGGUGCUUGUGCCCGAAGGGAUACAGCGGGAUGUUCUGUGGAAACACAACAAACACAUGUCGGGGCAAACCGUGUUUCAGAGGGGUGCAGUGCGACCCAAAGUCCGGCCCUGACCAGUUCAGCUGUGGAGACUGUCCUGGCAACACCGUCUCUAACGGCAAACAGGGAUACAAAUGCUUUGAGUAUGACUUGUGCAGCCCUCCUUUCACCUUCCCGUGCCACAAGGAUGCAGAGUGCCUAUCCGCCAAGCUCAGCUACUCCUGCACAUGCAAACCUGGCUUCAGUGGAGACGGAUACAACUGCACAGAUGUGGAUGAAUGUGCGGAGCUCAUGGCCUGUAACAAUGCCACGCAUGAGUGUCUGAACAAGCACGGAUCUUUCGGCUGCAAAUGCAGAUAUGAAGACGGAUGUGGUAACUCUAUGAAUCCUCCAGGGUACAACAUGUUCAAUCUGUCCGUGAACUGGACAAAUGAGAGAACGACGGGACGCGAACAGCUGGAUGACAUUCUGACCAAAGGUUUCGCAAACAAGUACUACAACAUCAGUUUGAAAGAUGCAUCCAACCCUGGCAUGGAAGAGUACCGGCUGAAUGUGUCCAGCGACACGCCCCACUGGUACAUCCAGGACUACCUGACCAGAAUCAGCGGAUACUACGGCAUCAACUCCGUGGAAAUUGAUGAUUUAGAUGAGUGCAAGGCCAACGAGACGGGGUGUGUCUCACCUGCUGUGUGCACCAACACCUACGGAGGCUACCUGUGUGUCUGCAAUGGCACAACUGUUGUGGAUGGAAGCCAGUCCUGUAAAACUCACGAGCCAUCAACGAAGUCUGAAUCAAAUAUGGACCUCAUUCUGGGUUUGGUUCUGGGCAUCGGGAUUCCUCUGCUCCUGCUGCUGCUUCUGGCCGUUCUGCUCUGCCUCUGCUGCUGCAAGAAGACUGUUACUGGAGAUCUCCCCCACCUGAUGCCAGACUACAUCCAGCAGCAGUACAACCCCCCACCCUUCAACUACGCCGACCCGGCCCUGCAGUACAUGAGCCACUGCAGCCCUCGGGUCUUAGACAACGUCAUGCCCCGGCAGCGGCCAAGAUAGCGACACCCACGGCUUAAUAACGGCAACACAAGCACUUUCUCUGACAUAGUACCAGAUAAUAACGCUGGGGGUGAAUGUUAUUUAUAUUUACUUGAACAUCCAGUUAAAUCUGCAAAGCUGAAUUAUUUUCAUUUUCUGAUCAACGGUUUUCAAUUUGUCUGACCCAGCAGAAGCCGCCGAUGUCUUGGCAAGAAGUGUUGAUUAAAAGUAAAACACUGCAGUGCUCUUUAUCUUCCAGUUAGUGGCUAGCCAGCAGUAGCAUUUGUCAGAGUAUCACGUGUCAGAUUCACAUAGGAUAUAUGAUUUUAAUCUACUGGGAUCAUUAUUCCAAUACACCAGUCCAUAAAAAGGUGCUACCGUUUUCUGUAAACCGUUCAUACAACGUUGAGUUUCAAACUCUUGAGUUAUUGUUUGUAGCUAAUUUGCAUCCUAGUUCAUUUUCUAAAUCAGAGUGUCAGCUGGAAGCUGCACUGCAAGUAAAAAACCAUGUAAAUAUCUUGUAAAAUAUUAAUAAAAAAAUUUCCAUUCAAGAAAA